GGCCGUUAACAUCUUAACAGCAGCUUUUAACUGAACUUAAUUCAUAACACCACGAGUGGUUAAAGACCAAAUGGAAGGCAUGAAGAUUUACGACUACAGUAAUAGAAGUUUUGAUGAUUUAUUUGACGUGUGAAAGCUUAAAGCACGCGGAAAUUGUGGUUUGUAGUUCUUUUCAACUGCUACAAGUGUUUCCCGCCAUUCAGCCACAGGAGGCAACAACGAGUCAGCCAGUUACCGUUGAAAGAAAAUGGCGGAGAAGACGCCGCGCUCGAAAGCCAAAUCUGACAAGCCGCAGAAAGGAACCUCACAGCCUUUCAAAAUCUGCCAACAUCUGAUUUAUCUGGAAUCCACUGAAGCUCGGUCUGGGCAGGUUUAACCAGAGAAAUCAGCUGCUCUAACGUCUGCCCUGCUGACUUGGCAGAAGCAUCAUUGACAAAAAGAAGAGAGAAACUCACGAGUCGUCCCACCAUGAAGGGAGGAACAAGUCUUCUGUUCUGCCUCAUUAUAGCAGCGUGUUCCUGUGGCAUCGCUGCUCAGACGGCAGAGUGUGAAAAUGCCACGGUGGCUGACAUCGUCUUCCUGGUGGACGGCUCCUCCAGCAUCGACCCGUCAAGCUUUCAAGAGGUCCGGAUUUUUCUCCGCAACAUCAUCAGGGCCCUCGACGUCGGCCCCAACAAAGUUCGGAUCGGCGUGGCUCAGUACAGUGAUGACCCUUACCAGGAGUUCCUGCUGAAGGAUCACAAGGACAAGAAAUCCCUGCUGGCCGCGGUGGAUAACAUUCCCCACCGAACGGGAGGCACAGAAACUGGCAAGGGCAUCGACUUCCUCCUGACGCGGUACUUCACCAAAGAGGCGGGAAGCCGAGCCAGCCAGCGGGUGCCCCAGAUCGCUGUGGUCAUCACAGAUGGGGAAUCCGCAGAUGAUGUGAAAGCGCCCGCCCAGCGCCUGAGGCAGAACGGAGUCAUUGUGUUUGGCAUCGGGGUGGGAAAAGCCAACCGGGAGGAGCUCGAGUCCAUCGCCAACCGGCCUUCACACCUCUUCCUGUUCGCCAUCGAUAGCUACCAGGCUAUACAGAGGCUGACAGACAGUCUGCUGCGAACUGUAUGCGUCUCUGUGGCGGCUGAGAGGCAAGCUUUGUCAGAAAAGUUUGCAGAUAUCUUCUUCCUGGUGGACAGUGGCAUUGCUCAAGGUCCGUUCACACAAUUCAGGAGUGAUCUUAUCAAACUGAUCAAUCAACUUAACCCUGGAGCGUCCACCAACCGCAUCGGUUUGGCCCAGUACGGUGAAGACAUCAAGAUCGAUUUCGGUCUCAGUACUUAUAAAACUAAACAGGAGAUCGUGACUGGUGUCAGACGUUUCCGCCUGCGCUCACAACCCAACCAACCACGUAACCUGGGUAAUGCUCUGACGUCUGCCAAAACGUUUUUCACCAGGGAGGCGGGGGGCCGUGCACACCAAGGCUUCCAACAGUUCCUGGUGGUCGUGAGUGGAAAAGACUCAGAUGAUCCUGUGUCUAAGGCGGCUGAUGUGAUUGAAUCAGAAGGGAUAAUUAUUGCUGGGGUCGAUGCAGGUGCAACAAUGGAUGUAAUAGAGGGUUUUGAAAGCAUUAGUCAUGUGCUUUCUUCCAGCGGAGAUCUUCUUAAAGAAGAUAUCUUCUUUACUGAGAAAGUGGAGAACGUUACUGAAGAUUGCAAAGGAGCCAAUGUGGCAGACAUCGUUUUCAUCGUUGAUGAGUCGGGAAGCAUUGGCACCGAAAACUUCCGGCUGGUCCGCUCUUUCCUUCACUCGAUUGUGAGCGGCCUGACUGUCGGUCCGGCUAGAGUUCGAGUGGGCAUUGUUACGUACAGUGACAAGCCCACGGCACACGUCUAUCUAAAAACGUUCAAUGACAAGAGAGAUAUCCUGCGGUUCAUCAAGAUCCUGCCUUACAGUGGAGGUGGUACAAACACCGGCGCUGCCCUAAACUUCACCCGAGAAGAAGUCUUCAUUGCGAAAAGGGGAAGCAGAGUGGAUGUGCAGCAGGUGGCUAUUGUGAUCACCGACGGUAGAUCCCAGGAUUCUGUGAGCGAAGCGGCAAUCGCUCUCCGCCGGGCUGGUGUCACCAUUUACGCUAUAGGAAUCGAAAAUGCCGACGAGGCCGAACUGUUGGAGAUGGCGUCUCACCCGCCUCAUCAGCAUAUCUUUAAUGAGAACAGUUUCACCAAGCUGAAUCCCCUGAAGCAGAGACUUCAGAAAACUCUGUGCAGUAACAUCAUUCACCAAGCAGUCACAGUUGGUACAAGCAGAACAGAUGUCAAAGAAGCGUGUGAACAAUUGGAUGAAGCAGACAUCUUCUUCUUGAUGGACGACUCAGGAAGCAUUGGUAACGAAGACUUUAAAGACAUGAUCAAUUUCAUCAUCGACUUUGUUGGUUCCUUCCGUAUCGGGCCGCAACAUGUCCGCAUUGGGCUUGUGAAAUACGCAGACUUCCCAACUUUGGAAUUUGACCUGACAACCUACUCGGAUGCUGAAAAAAUGAAGGAAGCCGUGAAGGGUAUUCCGCACAAAGGAGGUGGGACAGAGACAGGAAGAGCGCUGUCGUCUAUGGGUCAGUACUUUGAAAGCGCAAAGGCCGCUCGUCCUAAAGUCCCAAAGUACCUGAUUGUCAUCACCGAUGGAAAUUCCACCGAUCCGGUGAAGACUCCUGCAGACAAAUUGAGGGAACAAGGCAUCCGCAUCUAUGCCAUUGGGGUGAAAGCUGCAUAUGAGCCUCAGCUGGUAGAGAUUGCCGGCGACCAACAGAAGACUUUCAAAGUCGGUAGUUUUGAUGCUCUGGGCAAACUCAAAGUCACCAUUAUCAGAGAAAUCUGUUCUCCCGAGGCUUGCAAAGACGCAUCAGGCGACGUCAUUUUCUUAACAGACAGCUCUGACAGCAUAUAUCCAAAUGAAUUCAAGACAAUGAAAGAAUUCAUGAUAUCUGUCGUCAACAAGUCCGCCGUGGCGCUGGAUAAGGUGCACUUUGGUGUCAUGCAGUUCAGCAAUGACAUACAACUGGAGUUUCCCCUCGAUCUCUACUACACCAAAGAGGAAAUGUUUAAGGCCAUCCGUGAUAUGCAGCAGUUAAGUGAAGGCACGUACAUAGGAAAGGGCCUCAGAGAGGUCUCACAGUAUUUUGAUGCCAGCAGAGGAGGGCGUCCUAACCUGAAGCAGUGGCUGGUAGUGAUAACAGAUGGCAGAUCCAAAGACGAGGUCAAAGGCCCCGCUGAAGCUCUGAGGGCCAAACAAGUGGUGAUCUACUCCAUUGGAGUGGGUAAAAUUGAUAACACUCAGCUGACAGAUAUCAGCGGUUCAUCAGACAGGACGUAUGUUAAGAGGGACUUCGACGGGCUAAAGGACAUAGAGACCGAGGUGGCCUUGAAGAUCUGCGAUAGAGAGUGUAAGAAGACAGAAAAGGCUGACAUUAUUUUCCUGGUGGAUGGGUCAACAAGUAUAGAUAAAACAGAGUUUGACAGCAUGCGGAAGUUUAUGGAGUCAAUAGUAAAGCUAACCACAGUUGGCAAGAACCUGACACGUUUUGGGGUCAUUAUGUACGCCACUACAGCAGAGUCUGCUUUUACUUUAAACAACUAUGAGUCCAAACAAAAGGUUCUUGAAGCAAUAACAAGUCUGAAACAACCAAAAGGAGACACCUACACGGGCGAGGCCUUGGCAUACUCACGGAAUUUCUUUAACGCUGAGCACGGCGGCCGGAAAGCAGAGAAGGUGCCUCAGAUUCUUAUGGUGAUAACAGACGGGGAUGCCACUGAUCAUCCCAGACUGAAGGAUGAAUCUGAUGCACUGCGAGAAAAUAAGGUCACCGUCUUCAGUAUUGGAGUGAAGGAAGCAGUCAGGGAGCAGUUGGACAUCAUGGCUGGUGGCGACACCUCCAAAGUUUUCUACGUGGACAACUUUAAAGCCUUAGAAACUCUGUACAAGAACAUGUCUUCUGCCAUCUGCAAUUCCACUAAGAAAGUUUGCGAGCAGGCCGACCUGGUCUUUCUAAUCGAUCGGUCUAGCAGCAUCAACAAAGAAAAUCACCAAAUUGUGUUGAACUUCACGGCAGAAGUAGUGAACAGCUUUAAUGUCAGUAAAGACUUUGUGCAUGUUGGACUUGCACAGUUCAGCGAUGAGCCUCAUAAAGAGUUUGACCUCAACACGUACUACAAGAAGGAGGAGAUGAUGAAAACAAUCUCAAAUUUGAAGUACACUGGUGGAAACACCCUUAUAGGAAAGGCCUUGGUUCACAUUAAGGAUUACUUCAAGGGCGGCCGUUUUGGGGUCCCCCAGAAUCUGGUGGUGAUCACAGAUGGCGAUUCUCAAGAUGACGUGGAGGACGCGGCUGAAGAACUCAGGGCUCAGGGGGUGGUGGUGUUUGCCAUUGCCUUAGGAGACGUCCACGACCUGCAGCUCCUGCAGAUGACUGGAGACCCGGAGAGGCUGUUCAAUGUGCGGAGCUUCGACGCCUUGGCAAGUAUCAAGAGAAAGGUGGUCGAUGCCCUUUGCAAAUCUGAACCGGAGGAUCAGCCCUCUGAAUGCACCAUUGACAUCGCCAUGGGAUUCGAUAUCACUACUAGAACUGGCGCUAUUGGUGAGAUGCUGUUCAGCGGCCACGCCAAGCUCCAGAGCUUCCUGCCCGAGAUCGUCCGCUACGUCUCCUCGGUAGAAGGGCUGUGCUGCGUGAAGGGACCUGUCAGGACCCAAAUUGCCUUCCAAGUGUCAGACCGUGAAGGACGUCCCCUGUACGACACAAACUUUGAAGGCUACAGCGAGGAAGUGGUGAAGAAAAUCACGACCUUACUGAUGUUGAAUCCUAGCUACUUUAACACUGCCGUGCUGAAAUCCUUCAAGGAGAAGUUCAGGACUGGGUCCACUGCUCGUGUGAAGGUUCUGGUGAUGUUCUCAGACGGACUCGAUGAGGACGUGAUCAGAGUGAAGCAAGAAUCAGAGCUGCUGCGACAGUCGGGGGUCAGCGCUCUGCUGACCGUGGCUCUGGAGGGGGCGCGGAACCCCGGCCAGCUGCCAGAGGUGGAGUUUGGCCGAGGGUACGUCUACCUGCUUCCUCUCAGCAUCGGCAUGCCGAGCGUCAGCAACACCAUCCUCAAACAGAUUCUGCAGAAGAUUCGCCGAUUGCAGUAAUACUACUGUAAUACUACAGAUGAAGAACCACACCGGAGAUUUCUUUGCGUGGACCGACGAUGACGUAGAACUG